CCCUUUCUUCUUCAUGCUUUCUUUUCUUCUUCUUAUUUCCUCUCCGAUCGUUUCCGACACCGCGUUUUAGGGUUUUUAACGUCAAACUUUCAUCGCGCUGUGAAACGCGACGCAAAACCACUCCAAUAACACCGCCGUGACAUUCUCCACUCGAUAAUGGUUUUGCUACAGUUAGAUCCGUUUCUGAAUGAACUCACAAGCAUGUUCGAACGCAGUACCGAGAAGGGAUCGGUUUGGGUUACUCUCAAACGAUCAUCAUUGAAAUCUAAAGUUCAGAAGAAUAAAUUGGCCACUGCUGGUGAAGCAAUUGAGUAUAGAUGUCUUAUACGUGCCACUGAUGGGAAAAAGACAAUUUCUACUUCGGUUGGCCCAAAGGAUCAUCAACGCUUUCAAGCUUCUUAUGCAACUAUAUUAAAGGCUCACAUGACUGCUCUAAAAAAGAGAGAAAGGAAGGACAAGAAGAAGUCCGCAGAGAUUGAAAAAAGAGAAGGAAGUUCAAAGAGGCCGAAGAAGUCUUGAAGUGAUCUGUUUUUGUUGUCUGGUAUUCUGCACAAACUUAGUUUCCUCCUGACUUUAUUUUCAUCUGAAGGAUGCUCGGACACACAUACUUUCUUGAGUUGCAUAGUGAGAAGUGAACGGAAUGGGGGGGAAAAAAGACAACAGAUACUUAAAGGGUUAUUGCAUUUCAAAGCAAAGAUUAAGGAAUGUAAUUUGUCACUUACAUGCUUUUCUUUAGAUAACUGUUCAUUGAAUUGACAAUUUUUGUGAAAAAUUUCCUUCGGUUCCUUGGUAGGUUAUAAAUCGAGGCUUCUUCAGGAUAUAUUUCUUUUCCCAAA